CCAAAUAAAGACCACGCUAAGCAGGACCUUUCUCUCUGUCGACCACCUUCUGGUGAUCUCCUUUGCUCUCUCUAAGUAUAAUCUAAUUAAUUACUCUUUUAGGUUUCCAUUCAUUCUCUCUGCUGCGAAACGACGUCGCCCCACAAUUCCCUAUCUUCUUUACACCAUGACUGUCAUGACUACUGCUCCUAUUGAUCAACAAGAGGAUGAGGAGAUGUUGGUGCCGCACUCGGAUUUGGCUGACAAUCACCAGCCGAUGGAAGUUGUGGCACAACCUGAAACUGCUAAUGCUGUGGAGAAUCAACCAGUGGAGGAUCCUCCAUCAUCCAGAUUUACAUGGAGAGUCGAGAACUUUUCUAGGUUGAAUACGAAGAAGCACUACUCGGAGAUUUUCAUUGUCGGCGGUUAUAAAUGGCGUGUGCUUAUUUUUCCAAAGGGGAACAAUGUGGAUCACUUGUCUAUGUAUCUAGAUGUUGCUGAUUCAGGAAGUUUGCCAUAUGGGUGGAGUAGAUAUGCUCAGUUUAGCUUGGCGGUGAUUAAUCAAAUUCAUACCAAGUACUCGGUGAGAAAAGAUACUCAACACCAGUUCAAUGCACGAGAAAGUGAUUGGGGUUUCACAUCCUUUAUGCCCCUUGGUGAACUCUAUGAUCCUAACAGAGGGUAUCUUGUGAAUGAUACUCUGAUAGUUGAAGCUGAGGUUAUUGUUCGUAGGGUUGUAGAUUACUGGACAUAUGACUCAAAAAAGGAGACUGGUUAUGUUGGCCUUAAGAACCAAGGGGCCACAUGUUACAUGAACUCUCUUCUACAGACACUGUUUCAUAUUCCUUAUUUCCGUAAGGCUGUGUACCACAUGCCAACAACAGAGAAUGAUAUGCCAUCCGGAAGCAUUCCUCUGGCUUUGCAGAGUUUAUUUUACAAGCUUCAGUACAGUGACAGUAGUGUUGCAACAAAGGAGUUGACCAAAUCGUUUGGAUGGGACACAUAUGACUCUUUCAUGCAACAUGAUGUACAAGAACUUAAUAGAGUUUUGUGUGAAAAACUUGAGGACAAAAUGAAGGGAACAGUUGUAGAGGGCACUAUACAGCAGUUAUUUGAAGGGCAUCAUAUGAACUAUAUUGAAUGCAUCAAUGUGGAUUACAAGUCAACAAGAAAGGAGUCCUUUUAUGAUCUUCAGCUUGAUGUCAAAGGCUGUCGUGAUGUUUACGCUUCUUUUGAUAAGUAUGUAGAAGUUGAACGUCUUGAAGGCGAUAACAAGUAUCAUGCUGAACAAUAUGGGCUACAGGAUGCUAAGAAGGGUGUGUUGUUCAUUGAUUUCCCCCCUGUUCUUCAACUUCAGCUGAAACGAUUUGAAUAUGAUUUUAUGCGGGACACUAUGGUGAAGAUUAAUGACCGUUAUGAGUUUCCUCUGCAACUUGACCUUGAUCGAGAGAAUGGCAAAUAUUUGUCUCCUGAAGCUGAUAGGAGUGUUCGCAACCUUUACACACUGCACAGUGUUUUGGUUCACAGUGGUGGGGUGCAUGGUGGACAUUAUUACGCCUUUAUCAGACCUACUCUUUCUGAUCAGUGGUAUAAAUUUGAUGAUGAAAGGGUAACAAAAGAAGAUAUGAAAAGGGCAUUAGAAGAGCAAUAUGGUGGUGAAGAGGAGUUACCACAGACAAAUCCUGGAUUCAACAACACGCCUUUUAAAUUUACCAAGUACUCAAAUGCAUACAUGCUGGUGUAUAUACGGGAAAGUGACAAGGAUAAGAUAAUAUGUAAUGUGGAUGAGAAGGAUAUUGCAGAACAUCUUCGGGAGAGGUUGAAAAAAGAACAAGAAGAAAAAGAGCACAAGAAGAAAGAAAAGGCAGAGGCACACCUUUAUACAAUUNGCGAGAUCGUUGCUAAAUAGUUUGGUAUUCCAGUGGAACUUCAGCGGUUUUGGCUGCGGGCAAAGUGCCAGAACCAUACAUACGACCCUAAUCGGCCAUUUACACCUUUGGAGGAAACACAAACUGUUGGGCAGCUGAGAAAGUCAUCAAAUAAGGUUCAUAAUACGGAGUUGAAGUUGUUCUUGGAAGUAGAGCAUGGACUGGAUUUACGACCUAUUGCUCGACCUGGCAACACAAAGGAAGAUAUAUUACUUUUUUUUAAGCUUUAUGACCCUGAGAAAGAAGAACUAUGCUAUGUUGGAAGGCCUUUUGUGAAGAGUACUGGUAAUCCGAUGGAAUAUUUGGCAAAACUAAAUAAAAUGGUUGGCUAUGAUCCUGAUGAAGAAAUUAAACUCUAUGAGGAUGGUCGAUAUACAUUUCGAGCUAGCGAGCUUCAAGAUGGAGAUAUUGUUUGCUUUCAAAAAUCUCAUACAGUUGAAAGUGCUGAACAAUAUCGCUAUUCAGAUGUUCCUUCAUUUUUGGACUAUGUGCAUAAUCGACGAGUGGUUGUUCACUUCCGAUCUCUUGAAAAGCCAAAGGAAGAUGAUUUUUGUCUAGAGAUGUCAAAGCUUUUUACGUAUAAUGAUGUUGUAGAAAGAGUAGCUUAGAAAUUGAAUUUGGAUGAUGCAUCCAAAAUCAGGCUUACAUCACAUAACUGCUACUCUUAGCAACCCAAACCUCAACCUAUUAAGUACCAUGGCAUUGAUCAUUUGGUGGAUAUGCUGAUUCACUACAACCAGACUUCUGAUAUAUUGUACUAUGAAGUAUUGGACAUUCCUCUGCCAAAAUUACAAUGUCUGAAAACUAGCAAAGUAACAGUUCAUCAUGUUAUCAGGGAUGAAGUGAGUAUGCUGAUCAAUUUCUUAAGUCACUCUUAA